ACUGUCUUUACAAACAGACUGCGGAUUGCACCUGACCUGGAGAACAUUAGUGCUGUUGAGUUUGUGAGAGAAAACAUUCAGGCAGUUGGACAGGAAGAAGAAUGUCGGUAUCUGCUGGUGCUAACAAAAAACUAUGCAGCCCUCCAGAUCCUGCAGCAAACUUUCUUUUCGGAAAGUGGCCAGCCAGAAAUCAUCUUUGGAUCCAGCUUCCCCAAAGAUCAAGAGUAUACCCAGAUCUGCCGAAACAUCAACAGAGUAAAAAUCUGCAUGGAGACAGGUCAAACAGUUGUGCUUCUAAACUUGCAAAACCUCUAUGAAAGUCUCUAUGAUGCUCUCAACCAAUACUAUGUCUGCUUGGGAGGACAGAAAUAUGUUGACCUUGGACUGGGAACCCACCGUGUGAAAUGCAGGGUGCACAAAGACUUCCGGCUAAUUGUCAUUGAGGAGAGAGAAGUAGUCUACAAACAGUUCCCAAUACCUCUCAUUAACAGGCUGGAAAAACACUACCUGGACAUCCACACUGUCCUCAAAACUGAGCAGAAGAGGAUGGUGGCCGAAUUGGAGAAAUGGGUGAGACUUUUUGUGUCUCUCAGCAGUCAACACACAGCACUGGCCCAGAUGUACAAGUAUCAGCCGCCAGACGUCUUCAUUGGCUACCACUCAGAUACAUGUGCUUCUGUGGUUCUUCAAGUAAUGGAGAAACAGAAUGGCAGUUUGGAAAUCUCUGAUCCUGAGAGGAGAGUACUUGAUGAGGCUAAACUUGUACUGCUCAGAUGUGCU